AUGAAUUCGCUGUCAAGUUUUGGUAAAUGGGCAGAAAGGAAUACAGUUCCUGAUGAUUCCGACCCACAACAUUACGACUACGCCACUCUGUUUACCAGGUAAGACGGAAUUAUUUCGUAAAAUGCUUUGGGAGUCUGGCUAUUCCAUACGCAAAGUAUGAAUAACUGUUGACACCAAGAUGCCAGUACAUUACAGUAGCAUACUGCACAUUAGAUUCUCGUGUGAUUGUAUAUACGAGCAGAGUACAGCAGAGUGUUUGUCUGUAUGUGAGUGCAAGGCAAUUAGCCAUUCCGAAGUUGAUGAGAGGACUGGGGACGAUUGUUAAAAAGUGGCCAAAUUAAGAAAUAACUAAAAAGACAACCUAAAAAUUAGUAAGUAAACAAAGUUUGAAGACGUUUACAUGAAUACCCUUCGAAUAAAAGCUUUCGAAAAUCGCGAUAUUUACUCAAUUUUUGAAAGCUUAUUAUUCGAAAGGUAUUCAUGUAAACGUUUUAAAAUUUUGUAUACUUACUAAUUUUGAGGUGGUCUUUUUAGUGAUUUGGUUCAUUUCUUAAUUUGGGCACUUUUUAACACUCGUCCCCAGUCCUCUCAUCAACUUCGGAAUGGCUGAUUAACCAGCUGAUCAAUGCUAAAUACUAGUCAGUAAGAUAUAAGAAUAAGAAGCUGAUUUUGAAUGACAUAUUUUAUAUAUUUUUCAAUUUGAAAAAGCCAUAAUUUACAUUAUAUUAAAGAAGGUUUGAAAACAUAAAAUGUUCCCCGUAGAAAGGUUAUGUUACGAUUGCUUCAGAAACGCGAUCCCCAGAGAGCAAAGUGUUUCACAUUAAGUCUUCAUCACUGACCUCACUUAUGGUAAACCUUCCUUAUGGGUGGUACCUGUACGGUUGACUCAACUGAUGAAUGAGUACCAUGUCUGCCCGUAAAAAGUGGAUAAUGAAAUUGUCCUUUUUGUCUUAAGAUAUGACAUUUGUAAAGACAAAAACCAGCCUUGCGACACAUUAGGUGGGUAGAGUACAAAUGAUUUGAUUUCUGUUUUAACCGUCGCCUAUCAUGAAAAUGUCUUUGAUACUUGACAUAUGUAGGUCGGCUAAAAUAAUUCUUCAUUGCCAGGUGUAACCAAUGUUGGGGGGAUGUGUCAGUUUCCUAACUCCGUAUCAAUUUGUGAAGACAAUGGACUCAUGGUUGGAAAGACGCUCGCACAUGAAACUGGCCACUCGUGAGUAUAUGGAUAAAGAUUUAUUAUAGAUAGUAUAAUGGUAGUCAUGAUGAAGAUGGUGGUUCAUGAAGAUGGUGGUAAUGAUAGUGGUGAUCAACUGAUGAUGGUGAUGAUGAUGAUGGCGAUGAUGAUGGCGAUGAUGAUGGCGAUGAUGAUGGUGAUUCAUAAUGAUGGUGGUAAUGAUGGUAACGGUAGUGGUGGUGAUGGUAGUGGUCAUUAUGAUAGUUAAAGGCAUCGUAUCUACCGCUUGUAUUUAUUCCAGCCUUGGCAUGAACCAUGAUCUACGCCCCUUCUGUGGCGACAGUAAAAAGAUGAUGUCGCUCCAUCCAGAGGGAAGCGAUACUUACGAAUGGUCGAAAUGUAGUAGGAUGUUUCUUAAACAGUUUCUCGAGUAAGUAGAGUUAAAAACUAAACUAUAUUUAUACUAGAUAUAUAAGUGUUCUGCCUAAAGGUCCAUAAGAGCGAGUAAAUCCAUUUACCAAGUGUAGUCCGAGUCAAUUUCGAGCCCCAGUCGUCCGAGUCACGAACUUGAAUACAAUUCACAAUCGAAUAGGGUUAGGGUUAGGAGUAGGGUUAGGGUUAGGAGUAGGGUUAGGGUUAGGAGUAGGGUUAGGAGUAGGGUUAGGGUACUAAGUCAUUGAACUACAAAGACCGCUAAACAGCGAUUCGGACAUUUGACUCGGGCUCCCAUAAGAGCCACGUAUGUUUUAAAUUUUGAUAUAGUAAAUUUAUAGAUUUUACUUACAUCGACCAAUCACUGUCCUUCAGUUCUAGUGAUUCUCGUUGUUUGGAGGACAGACCUAGGACAAAACAAGCAAUAAAUGUUCAAAUAUUCAACCACCCAGGACUGCUCUACAAUGCUGAUCAACAGUGUGCGUUAUCUUAUGGCGAUGGAGCCAAAUACUGCAAAGACAAACCACCAGAGGUAGAAAGAAGAAAUACAAUUUCUUAAGCCAUGCAAUAAGUCGAACUACUUUCAUUUAUACUGCAUGGAUACGUCUAUCUGUUGCAAACUGUUCUCUCUAGAGGACCAGUAAGGAUCAUCUCUUAUUGAUCCAGUGUUACUACAGGAGGAAACCUAAACAAAACUAACUUUGUUUAUACUGGAUAGCUCUAUCAGUUCUAAACUGUUCUCUCUAGAGGACCAGUAAGGAUCAUCUCUUAUUGACCCAGUGUUACUACAGGAGGAAACCUAAACUAAAUCAAAUUUAUAUACAUUGGAUAGCUCUAUCAGUUCUAAAUCGUUCUUCUUAGAAAUCCAAUAAUGGUGUAAUUCUCAAAUUGUUUUGGUUCAGUGUUUUACUACAGGAGAAGACGUAAACUGAACUAACUGCAUCUAUAACUGGAUAGCUUUAACAGUUCUAAACUGUUCUCUCUAGGAAAUGUGUAGUCAGUUGUGGUGUUCAAUCCCUGCAGAAAAAGGCAAUAACUGUCGCAGAUUAAAUCAACCACUAGCAGAUGGAACUGCGUGUGGGAAACAAAAGGUAAACAUGGUAAUAGUAAACUGAACUAAGUUUAUUUAUACUGGAUUGCUCCAUGAGUCAGUCUAAACUGUUCUCCCAAGAGGUCCAGUAUAAAGGAUUAUCUCUUAUUGAUCCAGUGUUACUACAGGAGGCAACCUAAACUAAACUACCUUUAUUUAUACUAGAUAGCUCUAUCAGUUCUAAACUGUUCUUCCUAGAGGUCCAGUAAGGAUUAUCUUUUAUUGAUCAAGUGUUACUACAGGAGGCAACCUAAACUAAACUAACUUUAUUUACACUAGAUAGCUCUAUCAGUUCUAAACUGUUCUUCCUGGAGAUCCAGUACGGAUUAUCUCUUAUUGAUCCAGUGUUAUUACAGGAGGAAACUUAAACUAAACUAACUUUAUUUAUACUAGAGAACUCUAUUAGUUCUUCCCAGAGGUCCAAUGAGGGUCAUUCCUUAUUGUUCCAAUGUUAUUGACGAAGAAACCGGAGUACCCGUAAAAAUCUGGAGUGGUUGGUAGGGUCAAACUGGAACAAUAAUUUUUAACGAGUCCUUGCAAUUGAUAAAAGAUACAAUGUGUUUUCUUUUCAGUGGUGUAAGCGAGGGAAAUGUGUUGAGAAAUAUACAGAAGGCCCGGAUGCUAUCGAUGGAGGGUGGUCCAACUGGUCUCAAGAUUACACUGAAUGCACACGCUCGUGUUCGGGUGGGGUACAGUAUAGGACAAGACAAUGUAGCAAUCCUUUGUAAGUUAAACUGUACACGACUGUAUACAAUUUCUCAAACUCAUUAAGAGAUUAUUUUGUAUGUUACGUAACACGCGCGCAAAACUAAGAGUAUAAUGGGCCACUUGCGGUUAUGACUACAAUCAAAAUUUUUAUUUUUCGAUACGUUUUUCAAUCGGCAAACAAACUUAACAAGUAUGUUCAGUGUUUUAUCUGAAAAAUUAUGUUAAAAUGAAGAGAUUUUAUACGGUACGGCAAAGAGAAAAUGAUGUCUAAAGUUCAGUAAGUUUUGCUUAUACUUCUGUGACCUUCUGUAAAUAUGGCGUCACUUUACAGCAUGAUCAACUUUAACUGACGCUAUUUUCUAAUAAAUUAUUUGGUUCUUUAGACCAACAAAUGGAGGAAAGUUUUGCGAAGGAGAGCACAGAGAAUACAAACUGUGUAAUACAAAGGUAGUGGUGUGAUGUACUACUAACCUGUUAUCCAAUGUUUCGUCAGCUCAUCCGCAUAACUGUCUUCAUUUUUCCUAGAAAUGUGUGGAUGAAACAAAUUUCAGAAACGUGCAAUGUGAAGAGAAGAGUAAAGAAAUGUUCAAUGACAAGUUCUUCGAUUGGGAAUGGAGGCCUUCAAAUCUCAGUGAGCUUAUAUUUAUACUGCAUAUCUUGUAUCAUUUCUAAACUGUUCUUCCAAGAGGUCCAGCAAGGGCCAUCCGUUAUCUGCCUAAUGUCAUUACAGGAGGAAACUUGAGUACCGGAGAAAACAUGUGGUGUUUGGUCAAACCGGAAGCAACCUUCUACACUCGUAAAAACGCACAAGUUGUUACAGGUCUGCAAACAAGUUGUUACAAAUCUGUUCACAAGCUGUCGACAAGUUGUGUUCGCACUGCUUGUUCCCAGUUUGUUGUAACAAAUUUGAAACAAGCUGUUAACAACUUGUAACAAGCUUGAUGGCAUUAUCAGCCUGGUUACAAGAUUGCGCUAACAAGUUUGUUACAGCCAUGAUAUAACAAGGAUGUUACAAGGUUGUCAACACAAGGUUGUAACAAUUUUGUUGUAUCAAGCAUGUCACGGACUUGUCAGAACAACCUUGCAACAAGUCUGAUAAUUUCGACAAGGUUGUUACAAGUUGUGAACAAGUUGUUCCAAACCUGUUGAGAACUUGUGGCAAGCAGUGCGGAUACAUCUUGUUAACAGCUCGUGAACAGACUUGUAACAAACUUGUACGUUUUACGUGUGUACCAUGAUAUAGUCAUAGGAAUUAUAAGCAGAUAACUGUCUACUGAUAUUCCAGGAAUCAUACCCAGGUCCAAGAAAGGAAUGAAACAUGCAUUAAGGAGCGGAUAAAACGAGGAUGAGAGUUGACAAUAACACGACUUGGUCAGCUGUUCUUGAUGAUUUCCCAACACUAUCAUGUAUCUUAUUGAAGUUAAAACAUAGUUGGAACACUCGUCAAACCUUUAUUUUGUUAAUCUAGAGCUUGAAAUGUCCCCUGUAACAAUGCGUGACUGGCAACUCUCAUCCUUGUUAGACCGGGGUUUAAGUAUUGUGCCAAGCUUCUAAUACGUUUGUUAAAAACCAUCAUUGUAGUGAACAAAUGCACACUGGGAUGUUUCAUAAAGAACAGUAAUCAAGGCUACGCUUUUGGCAAUGUGGAGGAUGGUACAAACUGCGACGAUGAUUCUCACAGUAAAUGCAUUAACGGAGAAUGUAUGGUAAGAAUGUCAUAUAUUCUUAUUAGUUCUCCCCUCCCCCGCCCCCCAGUGUCUGCCAUUGCCAAACACCUUCAGUUUUAACUUUGGUUACUCAAAUUCUAGCAUAUUGGAUGCGACAAAGUGAUUGGCUCAUCAGCCAAAUUCGACAGGUGCGGUGUAUGCAAUGGCGAUGGCAGUACAUGUCGCUAUGGUAACAGCACUGACGAAGCAUUGAAGGCGAAACUCACAAAAAAAUACAAGGAGCAAGGGAGCACUUUUAAAAAGACGCUUUCGUUACUUCAUAAAAUGGGUUAUGGAGUUCCAGAGGAUUACGCCUCGGCCAAAAUGGACGAAGUGAUCUCUGAUUUCUACUGGGCUGUUAUCAAGUCAGGGUGUAGCGCCACGUGCGGUGGAGGUCAGUCUAUGGCCCGAUGAAUUUAAAAUUGUCUUGAUGAAGGGGACAGUGUUUAGUGAAUGGACCUUUUACCACUGCCAUCGAUGUUUGAUUCCCUCGGUUUGCAGUUGUCUGAUUAUAAUUUCACCUCAGUCACAUGUGAGAAGAAUGCUUCCAAUUUGACUCUAUCAAACAGUCCAGUAAGGAUGUCUGUUACUAGCCCUAGCUCUAGAGAAAAGAGAACUGAUAGAACUUUCCAGUAAAGAUAAAGUUUAGUUUAAGUGUCCUCGUGUAGAAACAUCAAACCAAUAAGAUGUGGUCCUUAGAACUGACAGAGUUAUCUACAAAUAAUUUAAGUUAACUUAGCUUGGUCAGUUUAGAUUUCAUUACACCUUAGCUUACGUUUAGCGUGACUAUAACAUAAAGCGCCCAGAUAGACGCUCUGUAACUCUACCUAAUUUACAGGAAUGGAAAUAACAAAGUCAGAAUGCCGUCGUUCUGAUGAUGGGUCCCCUGUGGCUGAGAAAAAUUGCGACGUCAAAAUUAAACCAACCGACAGGACAACAAGAUGCAAUAGCAAGCCUUGUCAACCUGAGUAAGAUGCUUCUAUCAAAAUAACGACUACACGCGUAAAAAUCUCACAACUUGUCAACAAGAUGUGUUCGCAACAGGCUUGUUGCAACAAUGUUGUUAUUUUAUCAAGUUGCUACAAGGUUGUCACUCACAACUUGUUGACAAAUUGUUGAAUUGCAGGACGAUAACAAGUUGUUGGAAGUUGGGACAACUUGUAACAAGUUUGUUGAGCUCGACAACACUGUAGCAAGUUGUCAACAAGCUGUUGACAACUUGUUAACAAGCUGGGAACAAGCAGUGCGAACACAUCCUGUUUCGUAAACUUUCCCUCUUUUGUUUCUAGAUGGCGGACAGACAGAUGGGAUGACUGCAGUAAAACCUGUAACGGCGGUACACGGACGAGACACGUGAGAUGCGUUCAAAUUGUUGACGGCGGGAUUGAAUACGACGUCGAAGAUGAAAUGUGUGAUGCUGAUGUAAGACCAAAUACGAAAGAGAAAUGCAACAAACAGGAGUGUAGACCUGAAUGGGUGGCUCAACCCUUUGGAACGGUAAAUAAUUAAACUAAUCUAAUUUUAUUUAUACUCCAUAGCUCUGCCCCUCAAUUUUAAAGGUUUUUAUUCAAUUUUUCUAUAGUGUUCCACCAGUUGUGGUCGUGGUGUUCAAAGUAGAAAAAUCACGUGUCAAAAGGUGUCCAAAGAUGGCGAUGCCGAAGCUGUGGAAGAGGGCAAAUGUUCAGAUUUUAUAAAACCAAACAGCGAAGAAUAUUGCAACGUACAUAACCCCUGCCCCGGGGAAGGUAAAAACUUCAUUCUGUUUCGCCUCAUUUUUCACACGUAAAACGCACAAGUUGUAACAAACUUGCAGCAGACUUGUAGCAAUGCUGUUCCAACAACUUGUCAACAGGAUGUGUUCGCACUGCUUGUUCCCAACUUGUUGACAAGCUUGCUACAAGCCUGUUGCGAACACAUUUUGUUGACAAGUUGUGAGAUUUUUACAUGUGUACUUAGAGACGAAAUGAUAAUUUAUUGGAUGAGAGAUCAAUUAGCUAUCUGUCUACUUUCCAGGAGAGUGUGGUGGUGAACACAGUCAAAACAAAGGUUUCAUUACGAGUCCAGGAUUUCCAGACAACUACCCGAACGGGAAAGAAUGUAUGCACUCAAUUAUCGUUCCGAAUGAUAAAGUUGUUAAACUUGUGUUUAAAAGGUUAGUGGUGUUAGUAAACGGCACAUACAUAAAGUUCAGUUUAGUAUAAUUUUCCUCCAAUAGCAAUACGAGACAAAUAAAAAAGAACCGACUCUUACUUGACUUCUAGGAAGAACGGUUUAGAACUGAUAGCGUUAGCCAGCAUAUUACACACAACUUACACACGUAAAAACGCACAAGUUGUAACAAACCUGCAGCAGACUUGUAGCAAUGCUGUUCCAACAACUUGUCAACAGGAUGUGUUCGCACUGCUUGUUCCCAGCUUGUUGACAAAUUACCAACGGCUUGUUGACAAGUUGUUGCUACAAGGUUGUUGAGCUCACCAGACUUGUUACAAGUUGUUCCAACAAUUUGUUAUCGUCCUGCAAUUCAACAAUUUGUCAACAAGUUGUGAGUGACAACCUUGUAGCAACUUGAUAAAAUAACAGCAUUGUUACAACUUGUUGACAAGCUUGCUACAAACCUGUUACGAAUACAUCUUGUUGACAAGUUGUGAGAUUUUUACGUGUGUAAAACGAAGUGUUUGGUUUAAAGACUCGAUCUCUUUUUACACGUCUAUUAAGCCUCGAUUUAAGUGGUGGUGUCAACAGCGCAGCGGAUGGUGCGUGUACUGGUGAUUUUGUCAAGAUAAUGGAUGGUAAUUGCGUCACGGGAGGCACUGAGACACGUUACUGUGGCAACCGUAAUCCCGUUCCAUUCCUCUCAAGUGGAAAUAAACUUUGUGUGAAGUUCUACUCGGAUGAGUCAAGAAACAGUAAAGGUUUUAAUGCCUCAUUCGAGGCUGUUGACCAUCCGGCAAGACCAAAAGAUCCCUGUGGUUCUACCAUCACAGCGACGGUUGGUUUGCUGGCCUCGCCAAACUAUCCCGAACCCUACCCAACCAACGAAAUGUGCAAUAUGACAAUUAAGACUUUGGAAGGACCAAUCAAAUUGAACUUUCAGUACUUUGACAUUGGAAAAGAUGCGUAAGUCGUAAUUUUUGAAAAUGAAAAAUAUUGGAGUGAAAUCCGUGCCAUGCUCCGCCCUGUUUUUCGCUUUGAGUAUUUUUCUUCAUAACAUAGUUUUGCGUUAGAGGAUGCAUAUUUGCACUUCAGUUGCAACUAAUUGCUUGUUUAGUAAUGACCUCAACAAGUGCAACGAUGAAAGGAUUACAAAAGGAGUUAAAGUAGAAAGUUAUAAAAUCAAAGGCUUAAAAAUAACGACUUGUCAAUGAGCAAUCACAUUUUAACAUGACUGGACAAACGGCUCCAAUUAAGCCUGACAUAGUGACUGGUUGCUAUUUUGUGCUGUUAUCUAUAGACCCGUCGCAGAAAUGGCUCAUAAUAUUUUGAGAAAUUUUGACCUAAUGUAACUUCCAACAAUACUUCCAAUACUUCCAAUACAACAAUACUUCCAAUACUUCCAAUACAACAAUACUUCCAAUACUUCCAAUAAUUACUGAGCUAAAUCUUACAAUAGUUUUUGCCUACAGUAGUCAGUGGCGUAGUCACUGACUAGUGUCUACAGGCAAAGGCAAUUUAGUCCCGCUAUGCAAAUUCAAAAUUACUAUCAUUAUUCAUUUCUUUGGAAAUUGAUUGUUUUCACAGUCAAUUAACACGAAAAUAUUUGCAUAGCGGGACUAAAUCGUUUGGCUGGCUACGCUACUGACAGUAGUGUCAGUAGUUUCAUCUGUGAUAUUGUGUUUAUAUAUACUGGAUUUUGGUAGAAACAUGGUUAUAUACUGGAACUCUACAAGUCAUAAUAUGUUUACAGGAACUGUGAUGAGGACUACUUACUUCUUCAAGGGGACUCAGAAAUGUCAAAACUUUGUGGCAGCAACUUACCUAAGAUGUACAACGUCAGUGGCAACACACUCAAGCUAAGUUUCAAAUCUGGUCAGCAGAAUUUGAAUAAAAUUGGCUUUAUCGCAACCUAUGUUUCUGGGAAAGGUAACGAAAUAUACUGGAUAGGUCUAUCAGUUCUAAACUAUUCUCCGAGAUGUCCUGUAAGAGCCAAUCCUUAUUGCGCGUUCCAAUGUUACUACAGAAGGAAACUGGAAUAUCUUGAGAAAAUCUGUCGGCUGUUUGGCAGUCUAACUGGAAAUACUCUUCCAACAAAGACUAAGUUGACAUUAUGAUGAGACUACUGCAUGUUGCAGAAGUCAAACCCUGGUCACAAAGGUAAAAGGUCACACACUAACCAAUGCCCUCAUUGGUGGCAUGGCAAAGGAGGUGGGGGUGCUGCCCCCCCUGCCAAAGAUUGACCAGUCAGCAAAAUCUACAUGCAUUGACCAUUGACAGCAUUGACCACGCCACAACAACAUCAACACCGUACCCAUAUUUUUUCCCAAAAUACCCAUAUCAUCAGCAAAAGUAAAGCCAGCCCCUCAGUUAUGAUACACUCACCAUGCCCCUGGCUGUAUUUUAUUAGAACCGAUUGCAAUAUAUAUUUUUAGAGCUAAUUGCAAAGUCUUCCCAAGACAAGAACAAAGCAGAUGUAAUGCCAAACAAACUUUCAGAAAUAAAUCCAGUGAAUGAUUUAACAGAUAGUGUACGAGGUAAUUACUUUGAGAAACUAAGUUAGUAUCAGAUUUCCCCAGGGGUGGGAGAUCUAGCCUCACCUGAAAGGAGGGGUGCAGGUUUUCCAUGGGGUGGUGCAUGAGAAAACCUUUAAUGUGCACUCUCCUCUGCAACACUCGCUGCAACGCUAUUAUUCCACGUUUUACAUUAUCUUUUGUUUAUAAAGUUUAUAUGAGCUUUUUAUCACGUAUGUGUGACUGGACAGUUCCUGUAACACAGUACUGUAAAUUUGCUUGUUAAUGUACAGUAUAUUUGAAAAUAUGGCUGCAUAACAACCUCGACUUUUACAUAUUUAACCAUGAUAUUUAGCUAAAGCAUUCUGAGUAUUUUCUCGUGAGCAAUGUCAAACAUUUCUAUUUAAUAUUAAUACAAACGAUACAAAACCAUUUGCUGAUUUAGCAGAGGUUUUAGACCGAAUUUACUGCAAAAAAUUCUGUGUAAAAAUAUACAAAAUACAUAACAUAUCAGACAAUUAAAAUGCAAAAGAUUGAUAUAUAAUAUUUAAACGACUUUUACCAUAUUUCCAAUUUUUUUAGAUAAAAUUCCACGACCAUCAAAUUCUGUCGAAUUCUUGCCGAUCUCAUCCAAUUCAUUGGACAAUAAAGAAGGUAAACUAUGCAUCUUAAACAGUAUAAAGCACACUUUGUCAAUCCUUUAUCAAAAAAAAAAACCCAGAAAAAAAUUGAACUGAAAGUCUGAAAACACGUGCAUUUGACAUUUCUUUAUUUUGUUUGCAGUCGAGAAAGAGGAGGUCAGCAGUCAUUCAGGCAAGGGUACGUCAUAUUACAUUUCCCUGUACUUCUUUAGUACCGUCGUUUGCAACUAAGGAUGAACACGCGCAGAUCAGAUACUGCAUGAGUAUGGUAUGGUAAAACACAUAGGUGGAUUUGAAAUUUUGAAAAAUUGAAAUCUGGAGUCUUUGAAAUGGCAAAGUAUAAAGCUUCGGAUUGAUGGGGGUGUAAUUACCGAAAAUAUCACUUCGACGUUUCGUCUUUAAUAUGACUAAUUUCGGCUAUUGACGCAUGAAAGCGGAGGGCCGUGCAAAUUCCUGACCGUGUUGUGAACACUGUGGAAGCCCCAAUUCCCGUCCUGUACCCUAUCAAAACCCAUUAGAGAGAGACUUGGGGCAAGUCUACCAAUUAAUCAACAACCUGUCCUCGGGAACCAGUCAACAAAUUAUCACGGUUGAUCUAGACAAUGACCUAAUGUUUACAUUUUCAAAUUCUUUGUGAAAAAAUCGAUGUAACAUUGGGAAAUUUUGCCGUUUCUUUCUCAAAGAAACAUGAAAUAUAAUGUAUUUGUUUUUUGUAUAUUUCUGUUCGGUUUAGUUGCUGUUUCUGCCAAGUCUACUGAGAAAGAUGUGAAGGAUAAGUCCGCCAGCGCUUCAAUAACUUCAACUGGUGCCGGUAAGGAUUAUAACGGAUUUAUUUCAAUGUGUUUGGAGGGUUUUUCUGGUCGACGGACAGUUUUGUCUUUGGUGGUUCAUGUACCUUUAGUGUACAGUAGAUUUCACUAUUAAGGUGUUACGCUACGUAGUUCGUAGCUAUAAUCUUCUUUAGAAAAUUUAAUCUGUGUAGAGAUUAUAGUUUUAUUGUCUUUCAUUAGAGACAAUUACGGCAGAUGCCAACCGCAAACAACAAGUCGUGUUUUGAGUUCAACAAUUAGCUGUAGAAAGUUAGGGUCACUUGUGUAUUAACUGAAUUGAAAUACGAGUUACCUACUUAGCUUAAUUCCUUUCGAACAGUUGUAGAAUUUACCUCCAAUUCUUCAAAUGCGAUUUGAGGUUUUCCCUUUGCCUUUUGGCCUUCGCGCGUUAGCGGUGUGGCAUAAACGUCAAUCUUAGGUUAACGUAAAAAGUUAUGUAAAAGCUUUUCAACCGAAAAUUUCAAUUUCAAAAAUUUCAUCCGAAGAUUGUUCAGAAUUGUUGAAUAGUGUCGGGCUUGUCUGAACGAGCCUUUCAGCUGUACAAGAUCACUCAAAGAUCAAUUAAGAAUUAUAGUGAAAGCCAUCUUACGAUCCAACUUGACAUGCACGGAUUUUUUCAAUUUUGCUUUGUUCUAGAAAGCGCCAAAGAGAGCAAAGUUGAAAAAUCAGCGACAGCGGAUAAGAAAGGUAAGGUAAAAAUGAAUGGAGGAGCUACAGCCCAGCAAAUGAUGGCAUUUUGCCACACACAUACAGUAUUAACAUUGACGGGUCGGCUAAAGAUCUUAACUAAUGCAGGCCGGGCGAGAGAUUGGUUUGUCAUUCUUCAGUCAUAUGAAAUAAAUAAAUAAAUAAAUAAACUUUGCCUUUCAGAUUUAAAAAUCAUCGAUUCUAUUUCAGAUACAAGGCAAACAGUCCUUCGACCACUCCAAAGCGUUUUAGAACAAUCUGGAUCUUUAAUGACACGAGGUAAAGACAGCUUUUGAGUGUUGCAGUCUGGAUAUAGGCACACUUUCACAUGCAUUUUUUUUUCUCGUAUGUAAUUCCUGUGAAGACUGUACUAAUAGUUUUCUUGUAAAUAGCUUUAAUGGUUUGACGCCCCUCGUGGAAACCAACAAACUGUUGACGAGGCUAGCGUCUUUAAAUAACGUUUACCAUACCAUUUAGCAUGCACGCGAGGUUAAUUUCUCUUGAGUUAAAAUAUCUUGUUUUAUAUUUUCUAGGUCAAUGUCCAAGCCCAUCAAGAUUGUCCUGUAUUAACUUACUAUAUUCCUACCCUUGCCAAGAUAGUAACGCUUGUCAAUUGAGGGGUAUGGACUGUUGCCCAACGAGCUGUUCUUAUGGACCCAGCAUGUGUGUACCAAAAGGUAACAGAUGGUUGUUUUAACAGAAUAUUUAAACUACACACGUAAAAACGCACAAGUUGUAACAAACCUGCAGCAGACUUAUAGCAAUGCUGUUCCAACAACUUGUCAACAGAAUGUGUUCGCACUGCUUGUUCCAACUUGUUGAUAACUUGCUAUACAAGGUUGUUGAGCUCAACAACUAGAUUUGUUACAAGUUGUUCCAACAACUUGUUAUCGUCCUGCGAUUCAACAACUUGUCAAUAAGUUGUACUGGAAGAGACAACCUUGUAGCAACUUGAUAAAAUAACAACAUUGUUACAACUUGUUGACAAAUUUGCCACAUGCCACAAGCCUGUUGCGAACACAUCUUGUUGACAAGUUGUGAGAUUUUUACGCACAUGUUUAGAGCAGAAGUAAUAACACAUUUUCUUCUUUCUCAGUUUGGCGUGAAUGUCCCCUGGUGACGCCGUACAUUGCAAAGGUUUUACAUACCUGUCAGACGAGUACUGACUGUGAGGCAAACCAUAUAUGCUGUGUCGAUAUGUUGGGAAGGAGAUAUUGUCACAAACACGUAGCAAUCGAUAAAUAGACAGAAUAUCCUGAGAGAGAUCAUGAAAUAUAAACCCGUCAUCAAAUGACAGUCAGAAAUUCAACACAUCUCUUGAACAAAUGAAGUCACGUUGACGUCACACAGACUGCAGGCGCACAUUUCACUGGAUUGAACUGAUUUUUAGCUUUGGAGACUAAAAGUAGUUCAUGCAUGAAACCAUAGAGUUUGGACUACAAUGUGUGAUAUUUUUAUAAAUAUUAUAUUUUUAAUAUAAAGAAGAAUGAAAUUUUAGUGUGUAUAUAAUGGUAGUUUGUUUGUUCUCAUUUAUUGAAUAUGAUUCUUUGACCAUGAUCAUAUUUAAUUGGAGUUUUAUCCCACGCAGAAAUCACUCAACUUGUCAACAAGAUGUGUUCGCAACAGGUUUGUAGCAAGCUUGUCAACAAGUUAUAACAAUGCUGUUAUUUUAUCAAGUUGCUACAAGGUUGCCACUCACAACUUGACAAAUUAUCGAAUUGCAGGACGAUAACAUGUUUUUGGAACAACUUGUAACAAGUCUGUUGACCUCAACAACCUUGUAGCAAGUUAUUAACAAGCCGUUGACAACAAGCUGGGAAUAAGCAGUGCGAACACAUCCUGUUGACAAGUUGUUGGAACAGCAUUGUGACAAGUCUGCUACAGAUUUGUUACAACUUGUGCGUUUUUACGUGUGGAGAUGAAAUUAUAGAUCUUAAGACUUAACUAAGCAAGUGAUGUUUUUGUCACCAAGGACGUCAGAUUACCGAGCGGGGACUGGAUAAAAAACUGUGUUUCUAUCAGUCUGUGAUAAUCUUUAACACAUGUGACAAAACAUAAGAUUUUUAAAGUUUCUUGCUUCCUUACACAAGCGUUUUGAUGCAAAAUGCCGCCAAAAUUAGUCGUACCAAUUUUCGGGUGACGUAAAGCAAGUUCACCUAUAAUUAGACAACUAAAUGUUGAUCUAUUGUAGAAAUGUAGAAAGUUACAUGAUGCAUUCACAAACCACAUAGCACACAGAAACACCAUCUUUAAAUAGAUUUGUGAAACGAAAAAGGUUCAUUGCCUUAGUGUGAAAAUAUAAGAAUGAAACAUCCAAAUUAGAAAUAAACAUCACGAAAACUCAUUUCCAUUUUUCGUUUAUUUGUUUUGAUAACAAAUGAUCAACCGGUCAACAACCUGUCUUGUUUUGGUUUAUCUAUGCUACAAAAAGUCUCAUCUCGAUAUAAUUUUCAAUUUUUACAAAGAGUCUCAUCGAUUCUUCUCCAAGAUUAUAUUGAAGAAACUGAAAGUCUCAUCGAUAUCAUUUUUACGUUUUUUAUAUUAUGGUCAGAAAUAAAUCGCCAAGGCGGAAUAGAAGAAUCUGUACUAUACUGUAAAAUUUUAUUUCUAAUCUCCUAAAUCUAAGGUGAGAAUUUUCAAUGAAAAGUGAUUUCUUAAGUUGUAUGUGUACAAUUAUAAUCAAACUACACUAGAUAGACUGUUUCACCAAGAGCUGAAAAGAUUAAAAGUUUAAAUAUAACUAUAUAUAUAGUAAUAUUAUAAAAACAUUGUUCUCCCUAAUUCUUUGUUUUUGUAUGUCGGAAAUCCACAUUUUCCCUUUGACAAUACUAAUUACUAAUGAUUUUAAGGUGGUGUGGCUAAUUACUAUGCUUCCAAAACAAUUUAUUAUCCUGGUUGCAAUAUUUGUUUUGCUUGGACGAUGUUUUGGAACAAAGGUAUAUUUUAUGACUAUAUAAUGAUUGAAUAUUUUCAUUGUAUGAUUACGCUUUUAAUAAUUCUAUAAUGAUACGUUUUUAGUCAUGGAUUAAUAUUUGGUGUUCUAGGGUUCAUUGCAGAAAAAAGAUGAAAAAAAUGAAGGGCGUGGCUUUAUCAGAAGAAGUACGUUUUGUUUUAUUCACUGCGGAGAUAGAGUAUUGGAUAGUUCCAAUUCCACACUCCCCCUGUAGUAACAUUGGACCAAUGAGAGAUAACUGUUACGGGGGGGGGGGCUUUAUAUAAGGAGAACAAAUUAGAACCGAUAGUAAUCCAGCAUAGUGAAGUUAAGGCUUACACUAUCAAAGUUUCUGUGAUUACAGUAGGAAUUUUUCGCAUGGGUAAAUUCUAGGUUUUGAAGGAUUUGUAAGAAAUGUUUGUGGAAACUUUUUAACACUGAUUCAGUCCCCUCAAACAUUUCUUACAAAUCCUUCAAAUCUUAGAAUUUAGCUAUGCAAAAUUCUGUGAUCACAGAAACUUUGAUAGUGUAUAAGUCAGGCUUUGGUUCGGUCUGUCGGUUAUCCCAUAUAGUCUUUACUGGAUCUUUAAGAAGAGAGAUUUAGGGGCCACCUCUUCAUUUAAAACUGAUAUAAAGCUAUCUUUAUAUUCUAGUUUGCCCGUCAAAAGUGAGACUGAACUGUGUCAAUGUGAUGUACUCCAAGCCAUGUCAUCCAAACUACGAUUGCUCCUACGCUGGAUCGCAGCUUGUCUGUUGUGAGACUGGUUGCUCUGGGGAUUCAAAAUAUGUCUGCGUUCCUGCAGGUAAGGCUGGAUGGAUCGUGCGCGUGGUUAAUGCAUGAUAGUUACUGCAUUUGCCUUUGACAUCUGUGACCGUGGUUUGAUUCCUGCAAUAUGCAGGGUGAGAAGGUAAAGUGUAAAAUGUGAUAAGGCCGACAAAUAUUUUCCGUCGGAAAAAAAUUUUCACGUUGAAAAUUUUCAACUUUUAACAAUAUUUUUUGAAAAUUUUCUGUCCGUGGAAAUUUUUCUUGAGUGGGAAAUGUCUUAAGAAGAAUAGUUUGGGACUGGUAGAGCUAUCCUUGCCUAGCUAGUACAACUAGAGGUUCGAGGUUCCUACUGCAAUAUACUUUACCAAUAAGAGAUGACCCUUACUGAACCUCGGAGUGAACUAGGAAUAACAGCUUAGAACUGAUAGAUUUAUCCAGUAUAAAUAAAUUAAGCCAGUUCAGCUCAUGUAGUAUUAAAAUGGCGAAGGUAUAAUAUUCAUGAAUUUACUCUUACAGAGAACAGUAGAUGUCCAUACCUACAGCCUAUCACCUAUACUGGUUUGAGGAAAUGUCGCGUCGAGGGGGAUUGUGAAAAAGGUUUCACGUGCUGCUUGAACAUGGCAGGAAACGGGUACUGUCAUAAACCCACGGAAGAUGAACUGAUGAAGACGAAUUAGGUUAUAGCUGAAUGAUCUUUAAGAAUGGCUCAGAGCAGUCCAAAUGCGAAUAAGGACGCUUAAAACAGAACAUUAAAAGCAGAUGCUUCAUAGAUGUAUCAGAUCUACGUAAUGUACAACCUCUACCUAGGGCGCUUUUGGCUCCAGAAGCCCUGGGAACGAGGUUGCGUAAUGCAAUACUCGGUCCCAUACGAGGAUUUUAGACUAUUGGAAUAAUCUGAUUAGAUAGUGGUAAUCUGUUAAAAGUAACGUCUUUAUAUCUGAA